CAACUCAGCCCCCGGGCACACCUGGACACCUUAGCAUUCAUACUCCCACACUCUUCACAGUCGAGAAAAAUGUUCGCGUUACGUGCAGCCUCCAAAGCCGAUAAGAAUUUGCUCCCCUUCCUGGGGCAAUUGUCUCGUGGCCAUGCUGCCAAGGCUGCAAAGGCUGCGGCUGCCGCCAACGGAAAGAUUGUCGCCGUAAUUGGUGCCGUCGUCGACGUGCAGUUCGAUGAUAACCUGCCGCCAAUCCUGAACGCCCUGGAAGUCGACAACCGCUCUCCUCGGCUUGUGCUCGAGGUGGCCCAGCACUUGGGAGAGAACACCGUGCGCACCAUUGCCAUGGACGGUACUGAGGGCUUGGUUCGCGGACAGAAGGUUCUCGAUACUGGGUAUCCCAUCCGUAUUCCAGUCGGAGCUGAGACCCUGGGUCGCAUUAUCAACGUGAUUGGCGAACCCAUCGACGAGCGUGGACCGAUUGACACCGACAAGACGGCUGCCAUUCACGCUGAGGCUCCUGAAUUCGUUCAGAUGUCCGUCGAGCAGGAGAUUCUUGUCACUGGAAUCAAGGUCGUCGAUCUUCUGGCUCCCUAUGCCAAAGGAGGUAAAAUUGGCCUGUUUGGCGGUGCCGGCGUGGGUAAAACUGUGUUGAUCAUGGAGCUGAUUAACAACGUGGCUAAGGCUCACGGUGGAUACUCCGUUUUUGCGGGAGUCGGCGAGCGCACCCGUGAGGGAAACGAUUUGUACAAUGAGAUGAUCGAGGGUGGUGUUAUUUCACUCAAGGACAAGACCUCCAAGGUAGCUUUGGUGUACGGCCAGAUGAACGAGCCCCCAGGUGCCCGUGCCCGUGUCGCCCUGACUGGUCUGACCGUUGCCGAGUACUUCCGUGAUCAAGAAGGACAGGAUGUGCUGCUGUUCAUCGACAACAUUUUCCGGUUCACUCAAGCUGGCUCCGAGGUGUCCGCGCUGUUGGGUCGUAUUCCCUCCGCCGUCGGUUACCAACCAACUUUGGCUACUGACAUGGGUUCUAUGCAGGAACGUAUUACCACCACCAAGAAGGGAUCUAUUACUUCUGUCCAGGCUAUCUAUGUGCCCGCUGAUGAUUUGACCGAUCCUGCUCCAGCCACUACUUUCGCUCACUUGGACGCCACCACUGUCUUGUCGCGUGCGAUUGCCGAGCUGGGUAUUUACCCUGCCGUGGACCCCCUGGAUUCCACUUCUCGAAUUAUGGACCCCAACAUCAUUGGACAAGAGCACUACAACGUUGCUCGUGGCGUGCAGAAAAUCCUACAGGAUUACAAAUCCCUUCAGGAUAUCAUUGCCAUUCUGGGUAUGGAUGAGUUGUCUGAGGAAGAUAAGCUCACAGUCGCACGCGCUCGCAAGAUUCAGCGUUUCUUGUCGCAGCCAUUCCAAGUUGCUGAAGUCUUCACUGGGCAUGCUGGUAAACUCGUGCCGCUGGAACAAACCAUUAAGGGCUUCUCAGCGAUUCUGGCUGGAGAGUACGACCAUCUGCCUGAAGUUGCUUUCUACAUGGUCGGCCCAAUCGAAGAGGUUGUCGAGAAGGCUGAUCGUCUGGCAAAGGAAGCUGCUUAAAUAACUUUGCUGACAAAAUCUUCAAAGUCGUAUUACCAGCAAAUAAUUGAAUUAUGCAUUGAAUUGUAAUAAGCUUUGUAACAUCAAAUUGGAAUUCAAUACACGUGAAGAACUCAAUAAAAAUAUUUAAACAUUA